ACCAAGUAUUUCUUUCAUUUUUUUCUUGUCAAGUAUUUCUUUCAUUAAUUACACAUCACCAAGCAAAAAUAUAACUAGCAAGUAUUACUUUCAUUUGAAAAAAAAAAACUAGCAAGUAUUACUCACAAAAUCCACCUUUUAUUAGUCGCGAGUCGUGACCAUUACAGAAACAAGCUCACGCGCCUUCACGCGCCUUCGUCCUCUCUCUCUCUCUUGCCUAUAGAAAGACCGCCUCCCCACACUUCAUUCCCUCCUGUCGUUUUUGUUAUAUCGAAAAAGAAACGAAAGGAAAAAGAAACAAAACCUCUCUCUCUCUCUCUCUCUCUCUCUCUCUCUCUCUCUUCCUCUCUCUGUGAAUGGUUGCUUACCCAUGAAUAUGAGCCAAAUCUAGAGCAACCUACGUUGCCUUUUCUCUGCCAUUUUCAUAGCCAAAAUCUCUUUUCUGAGAAGUCCAUUUCCUUCACCUUGAGGUUCGAUAAUGCUUUCUUAAGUCUGAAAAGUUGUUUCAUAUUCAUUUUUUAUAUAUACAAGUUUUCUCUCGGUUUCUUCUUAUUCGUUGGCCUUAAUCUGCCAACUUUGGACAAAUCUAGACAUACCCAUUUGGUUACUGACUGUGGAAAACCCUUCCACCGAGGUUUUCUAGUCUGGUUUCUUCUUAUAUUCUAUUAUGGAGGGAGAGACGUCGUGGAUUAGCCAUUGCCUCGAUGACAUGUCUAGAGAAAUUGGGGAGCUCGAUUCAUACUCAGAGCUCAGUGACGAAGGCAAUAAAGAAGCUAGUGGAAUUUCUGUGGAUUUGAUCCUGCCUGAUGACUUGUUAGAAAGGAUUCUUGCGUAUCUUCCUAUAGCUAGCAUCUUCAGAGCAGGUUCUGUGUGCAAAAGAUGGAAUGAGAUUGUCAGUUCUGAAAGAUUUCUGUGGAACUUUUCGCAAGUGCUAUCCCAAAAGCCUUGGUAUUAUAUGUUCACAAGCUCUAAUGAAGCAUUUGGUUAUGCCUAUGAUCCCAUUCUUCGAAAGUGGUAUGGGAUUGAACUCCCCUGCAUCCGAGCACCCAAUGGGGUCAUUGCUUCAUCAUGUGGACUGGUAUGCUCCAUGGAUAACGAUGGGAUAAGCGAGUUAUGUGUGUGCAAUCCAAUCACGAGGCGGUGGAGGAAGCUGGAGGAGCCCCCUGGUUCGAGAACUUGCGAGUACAGUGCACUGGCAAUUUCAGCCAACAGGGUGUCACUUGCUUACACCAUCUCAAUUGUGAAAUCUAAGCAAAUCCCAGAUAAUUUCUUCCAAUGGGAUAUCUCAAUCCAUUUAUACGAGUCUGAAACUAUGAUGUGGGUGACCUCUCUGACCGAAGUUUUGACAGGAUGGAGAGCUGGGGAUGAGAGUGUAAUCUGUGAUGGGGUUUUGUACUUCUUGAUUUAUUCGACAGGAGGUGCAGCUCUGGAAAGCCGUCAUGGUUUGAUUUCGUACAAUCUUUCCACCCGUCAUUCCCAUGGUUUGCUGGCAAGGAGUUUUGUCCCCGUACCUUGUGCUCUUACCUGUGGUCGCUUGAUGAACCUGAAGGAGAAACUGGUAAUGGUGGGAGGAAUUGGUAAACAUGAUCGACCCGACAUAAUCAAAGGAAUUGGCAUCUGGGUUUUGAAAGGGAAGGAGUGGCAAGAGAUUGCUCGGAUGCCUCAUAAGUUUUUUCAAGGAUUUGGCGAGUUUGAUGAUGUUUUUGCUAGCAGUGGCACGGAUGAUCUCAUAUACAUACAGAGCUAUGGAGCUCCUGCUCUUCUCAUUUUUGACAUGAAUCAGAAACAAUGGAAAUGGUCACAGAAGUGCCCGGUCACAAAGAGAUUCCCACUUCAGCUCUUCACUGGUUUCUGCUUUGAACCAAGGCUUGAAUUUGCUCCCUAAUCUAUUUCUUACGUGCAUAUGAAAGUGGUGGUAGUGGUGAUAUUGAUAAUAUCAUCUAAUUUUCUGUCUCAUCUUUUCAUUAGUGUUUAGUUAUAUUGAAUUCUCUUUCAAAAAAUUUGAUACAAAAUGUACUUGCAGAUAAAGCUGCUCAUUCAUGAAUCAUGACUUUUAAAAAUGUUGUUCUUUGCAUUUUGGAAAAAAGAAAAAAAAAUACCCAAGUUAUUAGAUGUUCGAAAA